AUGGAAUUCGUCUUCGGCAUUCCAACCGCCCUCUCCAUCGUUAGCGGCACCGCCGUCUCAGUCGUAACUGGCGUGGCCCAAGGCGUAUCCGAACAAAAAAAAGUCAACGCCGACGCCUCGAACCAAACCCGCAUGAUGAAAUUCCACCUCGACGUCUGGGUCGACGCGCAGUGGCGCAAACCCGGGAAAGGCUCCGAACUCCACGGCGGCAUCGUCACCGUCCGCGACGGGAAACUCUGGGUCGAGGCCAAGAGUUCCAUCACGAGGCUACCCGAAGUCGUUGGACACCAUCCGUUCACGGGGUUUUAUCUGGCGUACCCCGACGAUAAUCGUGGGUACACGCGGGGGCUCGUGAGUACGAUCAGCGUGGAUCCGCCGAUGUUGAACUGGAUGUACGUCGACAAGGACACGUACGAAGUCAAGCACGCGGGCCGCAGCGGGAGUAUCGAGCACCAUGUGGGGGAUUUCGACUGGACGACGGAGGAGAACGAGGAUAGUUGUGUGACGUUUGAGGAUUGGGAGGGGUUUGUGGCGGUGGAUGAGGGGGAUGGGGAGUGGGCGUUGUAUUUUGAUAAGGAUGAUGAUGGGUUGGCGAAGAAGAAGAAGGGAAAGAAGGCGGUCGAGGUGCAUUUGCAACGGAGGGUGAUUACGGGGCAGGAGGUGAAUAAGUGGGGGUUGAAGGAGGAGGGGAAUAUUGGGUUUAAGGCGACGAGGGAGGUUUGA